CAUCCAGCAGUGCGCGCGCUCUGUUUGAAAAAACAUACAGAGCGAGAGAGCGGAGCGCGUGCAGCAGUUGACAGGUCCUCGUGCUGCGGACAGUCAGUCAGUAGAAACACAGAGAACCGGGAGUAGAGUCACAGUAGAGACGCUUCUUCUUCUUCUGCGGUGUUUCAGUCCUCCUGCCGGUGAUGCGCGCGGCCGUGCGGCAAGACUCCGGGAUUUUUAAAUCGUGACUCUGUUGGAGCUCAGGAUGACGGCGACCGCCAUGGAAACCAACAACAACAACAACAACAACAACAACAACAACAACACAGGAGGUGUGAUCUCCUACGUGGGUUCAUGUGGAGGUUCUCCGACCCGGACCAGUCCAGUCUCCAUGUUCAGUGAGAACUCCAACUCCCAGCCCUGCUUCACCUCCUCCUCCUCCUCGUUAACGGCCUCCUUCCUCAGCAGCAGCUCCGGUUCAGGCUCAUCAGGUGAAGACGGCUCCUCCUCGGCAGGAGGUUCACCUCGAGGCCGAGACGACGGAGGAUCUCUGAGGGCGUCGCCCAGCAAGUCGGUGGCCAGUCUGACCAAGCUGAACGGGAUGGUGCUGCUGUGUAAAGUCUGUGGCGACGUGGCCUCAGGUUUCCAUUACGGAGUUCACGCCUGCGAGGGCUGCAAGGGUUUCUUCCGUCGCAGCAUCCAGCAGAACAUCCAGUAUAAGAAGUGUCUGAAGAACGAGACCUGCACAAUCAUGAGGAUCAACAGGAACCGCUGCCAGCAGUGUCGCUUCAAGAAGUGCCUGUCUGUGGGAAUGAGCCGAGACGCUGUUCGUUUCGGUCGGAUACCGAAGCGGGAGAAACAGAGGAUGUUGGCGGAGAUGCAGAACGCCAUGACAAUGAACAUGGUCAACAACCAGCUGCAGAACGACUUCCAGCUCGCCAGCAUCUCCUCCUCCUCCUCCUCCUCCUCCUCCUCCUCCUCCUCCUCGUCAUCCUCUCCCUGCCCGGGGGUGACCAUCGCCCCCCAACCAUCAGCCCUGUCGCUCACCCCCUCCUCCCCUUCGCCUCCUGCCCCAGCUUCUUCUUCCUCACCUGCUCCUCUUCCUCCACCCCCUUAUCAGAGCCCCUCCCCCUCCUCCUCCUCCCCCCCCAGCCCCGGGGUGGACUCCACCAUCAGCGCCAUCGCCCGCGCUCACCGCGAGACCUUCCUAUACGCUCAUGACAAGCUGGCCAAUCCCCACACGCCACCUCAGCAGCAGCAGAAUAACCACACCCACCACCACAACGGGGAGGCGGAGCUUUGGGGUUCCAACCGCUGCCCCAACGGUUACCAUGCCAAUGGUCUCAACACCAUCUAUCACCAUAACAACAACCUGGGCACAGGGCGCUACCCUCCGCCAGACAACAGCUGCAACGGCAAGCAUCAUCACCAUGGAAAUGGGAGGCGGAGCCUACACAACUGUAAUCUGAUUGGAGGAGACGGGCUCUGCGAUCAUGUGACCCAGGGGCAGAACUGUCCAAUGAAGAACCGCAAAGAGAUAGUGCUGGCCUGUCCAAUGAACAUGCAGCCUCACGCCGACCCCUCGAAGACCCCCCAGGAGAUCUGGGAGGAUUUCUCUCUGUCUUUCACCCCCGCCGUCAGAGAGGUGGUGGAGUUCGCCAAACAUAUCCCAGGGUUCAGUGGUCUGUCCCAGAACGACCAGGUCACCCUGCUGAAGGCGGGAACCUUCGAGGUGCUGAUGGUGCGCUUUACGUCACUGUUCAAUGUGAAGGAGCAGACAGUGACCUUCCUCUCUGGCGCCACCUACAGCCUGGAGGAGCUGCAGGCGAUGGGGAUGAGCGAGCUGCUGGGAGGCAUGUUCGACUUCAGCCUCAAACUGGCGGCACUGGAGCUGAACGCCGAGGAACUGGGACUGUUCACCGCCGUGGUGCUGGUGUCUGCAGACCGCUCCGGAAUCGAGAACGUGGCGUCGGUGGAGCAGCUGCAGGAGAACCUGAUCCGAGUGCUGCGGUCGCUGGUCAGCAAGUCGGCCGUCACCCCCGGCAACAACCAUCACAACCUGGACUCGCCCCGCUUCACCAAACUGCUGCUGAAGCUGCCCGACCUGCGGACGCUCAACAACAUGCACUCUGAGAAGCUACUGUCGUUCCGCAUCGACGCCUGAGGACGUCACUGAUGAUGUCGUCAACGAUGUCACCGGUCACUUCCUGUUCACUCAGAUCAGGGUCACUUCCUGUGGUCGCCGGUGAUGAUGAAUGCGAUCAUGUGGAGCUCUUCAUCACCUCGUUAUAUCAUCAUCAAAGUGUGGUAAUGAUGAUGUCAUCACCACCAGCAUCGUAAAACACAGUGAUGCUGUCAUCAACAAAACUGUUCAGCUCUCAGCUCACCGCCAAAAUAAGAGUCUGUAGCUUACACAGUGGCUUCUGGAGCAGUCUGACAUUUUAAGAACCUGUUUUUUAACUUUUCUCCAAAAAAAUUAUUUAUUAUUGAUUCAAUCUCAGUGGAGCCAGAACAAAGGGUUUAGCCUAGCUUAGCAUCAGGACUGGAGCCAAAGGAAAACUGCUAGCCUAGCUUCACCCCCACAUGGAGACGUGACAACAAAUGGGCACAACAAUAAGUAAAGAAGUAAACAGAUACCAAACAAACAAAAAGUAAACAAGUUUAUUCUGUUGGUAACACCCAGUAUUAUUUUAGCUGGACUGGUUGACUACCAGCUGUCUUAGUGCUAAGCUAGGCUAACAGACCAAUCUCUGUUCAGAAACCUACAUCUGUCUGAAACAUCUGAAGCCGUGGUCACACCAGGAAGUGCUUCGGUGAAAUUCAUCCACACAGCAAGGUGGACAGGUGCGUCCAGGUGUAGUUAAAACAACAGGAAGGUGUUUGGAAAUCUGUGUCACACAGAUUUAGGUGACUUCUCUUCCUGUAGAUAUCAUUCUCUCUGAUGUCCCUCCAGAAUAAAGCUCCAGAAAUCCAGUUAGAAACCAGAGAAAACAGAGUGACUGACAACAUGUGCAGAUAUAAAUGAAUACAGGACCAAGGACUCACUGAAUCCUUGGCAUAUACCUAUGUUUACUCUUACUUACACACACACACACACACAUAUAUAUAUAUAUAUAUAUGUGUGUGUGUGUGUGUGUGUAUGCAGAAAACAAAUUAAAACCCCAUAAUAUUUUAGAAUCCUUUAUUAUUUAGAAAUGAAUCCUAAAUUUGGGAUGGACCCUGGAUCCUUUACAGGGUCCCACCGUCCUGUCUGAGCUCAGCAGAUUCACUUUGCUGCUGUGAAUGGAUCCACACACUGAGGCGACGCCUUUAAAAUGACCCGACUUCAGAGUAAAGUUGAGCCAUUUUAAAAAAAACCACAGGAUUCACAUUAAACUGUCAGACUCCUGCCGCACAGACGACUCAGGAGAACGGGCGACAUCCAGAACUUCCAAGACAUUUUGUGGUUAAACCUCAAGAGUCCACCUUCCCUCUGCCCCGAGCCGACACCAGCCAAUAGCACGGAGGAGCAGCAGUGACGGACAGCUUCACCGACCGAUGAGACGGAGGAGGAGGGACGACGUGUUUAAGGACAAUCAGCAAAAUCAGACGUUACAGGGACCUGCAGGGUGCAGACCGAAGCCUCAACCAGUCGCCUGUCUAACAAACAGUAUGCAGCAAAUCUUCUGUAUAAAAACUGUAAAUACUCAGAUAUCCAGUGAUACUUGAACUGUGCGACACACGGACAUAUUUACAUCUAUAUUUUUUGUUAAUAAGAAUAUAUGCCUGUGCAAAUAUUAUGACUGUAAGUGUGUGGGCCACGAACUGUAUGUGCAACAGGUUUGAAACAUUGUGGAGUUUGACAUGCAUUUAAUGGAAAAGAGAUAUUCUGGUGUAUGUAUUUAAUGUGUUUUAUGUUGUAAAGACAUUAUAUAUAUAUAUAUAUAAAUAUACACUCAUAACAA